UCAACAAAAGACGAAAAGCCUCAACUAUCGGACUCAUGUCUUUGAAAAAUCUCUCCCAUUAAAGUCUUAAACAUUGAGAUCAGAGAGAAGCCAUCUGAAUCUAGGGAUCUGUGAUGAUGGAACCAGAAGAACCAAAGCUGGGAUCUUCUCUUCUCACUGAAUCUGUGAAAGAAAUAGCAACCACAGAGAGAUACUUUCAACCAGAAAUUCACCCUUCAAUCUCAUUUAACACAGACUCUCUGCCGCAGCUUCCUGUCAUUGACCUAAACAAGUUGCUGUCUGAAGAAGUGAAGGGUUCUGAACUUCAAAAGCUUCACCUUGCAUGCAAACAAUGGGGUUUUUUUCAGCUGGUUAAUCAUGGAGUUGGCAUGAAAUUGGUGGAAGAUGUGAAGCGAGGUGCUGAAGAACUGUUCAAGCUUUCAAUGGAAGAGAAAAAAAAGCUUUGGCAAAAACCAGGAGAUAUGGAAGGGUUUGGUGGAACGCUGGGUUCAAAAGAAGGUUCAUCAGACUGGGUAGAUUUGUUUUACAUUCUUACACUUCCAACUCAUUUAAGGAAGCAACACCUUUUCCCUAACAUACCACUGCCAUUCAGGGAAAAUUUAGAGGAUUAUUGUAUAAAGAUGAGAGAGCUUGGCAUCAAGAUCUUUGUCCUUAUAGGAAAAGCACUAGGUAUUGAAGUAAGGGAUAUUAAGGAGUCAUUAGGUGAAGGAGGGCAAUCAAUAAGGAUAAAUUAUUAUCCUCCUUGUCCCCAACCAGAAACUGUCCUUGGCCUAAAACCUCACACUGAUGGAUCUGCCCUCACCAUUCUUCUCCAAGCCAAUGAAGUUCAAGGCCUUCAAAUAAACAAAGAUGGAACAUGGCUUCCUAUUCAACCCCUUCCAAAUGCUUUCAUCAUUAGUCUUGGAGAUGUUAUGGAGGUAAUGACAAAUGGAAUAUAUAGGAGCAGGAUGCAUCGAGCAGUGGUUAACUCUGAGAAAGAGAGAGUCUCCAUAGCUACAUUCUAUGGUCCAGGGUGGAGUGAUAGCAUAGGUCCAGCACCAACUCUUGUCACUCCUCAAACACCACCUUUGUUCAAAACAAUUGGGGUUGCAGAUUUCUACAAGGGAUACCUUUCACCCCAGCAUUUUGGCAAACCUAAGUCAUAUAUAAAUAAUGUUCUCAAGAUCCAAAAUCACCUAACUCCUACUUAGAUUCAAUUUCCUUCUUUCAUUCAGGGAAACAUACUUAAAUACAAGAUAUGGAUUGAAGUAGAUACAAGUAGUUGUUAUGUGAUAGGAAGUUAGAAUCUUAUAUGCCAAGAAUAUUGGAACUAAGAAGAGUUAUUAAAUGUUUCUUGUGAGA